AUGCAGGAUCUUUGUUUCUUUUGGACUGGGUCUCCAUAUUUGCCAUCUACUCAAGAAGGUAUAUCAAGAUUAAUCGAGCAACAAGAGGAAAUUCUGAAAUACGGCAACACAAGAAUGAAAAGUAAAAGAAGAGUAGACUUUGUCGUUUCUUCAAGCGCUCCAAUUCAAUUUCGUUUUCAACAUUGAGGUUAUUUUGUUUUUGCUAUUGAUAUUAUCAUCAAAUUCUUUAGUGAUUCUGUUAAACAACAUGCAGUUACAUAUACAGCGGCAGAUGUCUUCCCACUUCAACAGCUAC